UUCCCAGCCCCAGCUGGCUGUACUUACAGAGCUCUGUGGCUUCCAGUGUGCAGGCUCUGUUGCUUCUGCUUCUGGUCAGCCAGCAGGUUGCAGGUGGAUCCGGGAAGCUUGCCAGCUUCCUCAGGUGGCUGAGUCCAGGGGAAGCCGGUUUCUGUACCUACUGGGUGGGCACGGGCUGGGGCUGGCCUGAGGCCAUGGAGCUGCGACCCUACCAGUGGGAGGUGAUCAUGCCUGCCCUGGAGGGCAAAAACAUCAUCAUCUGGCUGCCCACGGGUGCUGGCAAGACACGGGCGGCCGCCUAUGUGGCCAAGAGGCACCUGGAGACCGUGGACGGAGCCAAGGUGGUGGUUCUGGUCAACAGGGUGCACCUGGUGACCCAGCACGCUGAGGAGUUCAGCCUCGUGCUGGGUGGACGCUGGGCCAUGACAACCUUGAGUGGGGACAUGGGAGCACGAGCAGGCUUUGGCCACACAGCCCGAAAACACGACCUGCUCAUCUGCACUGCUGAGCUGCUGCAGAUGGCGCUGAACAGCACAGAGGAGGAGGAGCACAUGGAGCUCACAGCCUUCUCCCUCAUUGUGGUGGAUGAGUGUCACCACACGCACAAGGACACCGUCUACAACGUCAUCUUGAGCCAGUACCUGGAGCACAAGCUGCAGAGCCCGCGGCGCCUGCCGCAGGUGCUGGGUCUCACGGCCUCACCAGGCACCGGCGGGAACUCCAAGCUCGAGGGGGCCAUCAGUCACAUCCUGCAGCUCUGUGCCAACCUGGAUGCGUGGCGCAUCAUGUCGCCCAAGAUCCACCGCCCAGCACUGCUGGAGCACCGUCCUGAGCCCUGCAAGCAGUACGACUUGUGCCAGCAGCGCAGCCAGGACCCAUUUGGGGACUUGAUAAAGAAGCUUAUGGCUCAGAUCCACAACCAUCCAGAAAUGCCCGACUUGACCCAAGACUUUGGGACGCAGAUGUAUGAGCAGCAGGUGGUUCAGCUGUCCAAGACAGCCGCGGAGGCAGGGCUCCAGCAACGCCGAGUCCUUGCCCUUCACCUGCGCCGUUACAAUGAUGCGCUGCUCAUCCACGACACAGUGCGCGCCGUGGACGCGCUGGCCUCGCUGCAGGACUUCUACAACCGGGAGCGCAACACAAAGAGUCAGAUCCUGCGCGCUGAGCGCUGGCUGCUAGACCUGUUCGACGACCACAAGGACGAACUAACCCAGUUGGCGACACAUGGCCCUGAGAACCCGAAACUGGAAACACUAGAGCAGAUUCUGCGGGUGAAAUUCAAGGACCCCGCCAACCCCCGGGGCAUCAUCUUCACCCGAACUCGCCAGAGCACCCAGUCCCUGCUGCUCUGGCUCCAGCAGCAGCCGAGCCUGCAGCUAGUGGACAUCAGGGCCCAGAUGCUGAUUGGGGCGGGGAACAGCAGCCAGAGCGCACACAUGACCCAGAGGAACCAGCAGGAAGUGAUCCAGAAGUUCCGCAUGGGCAGCCUGAAUCUUCUGGUGGCCACAAGCGUGGCGGAGGAGGGGCUGGACAUUGCCAAGUGCAGCGUGGUGGUGCGCUACGGGUUGCUGACCAACGAGAUCUCUAUGGUCCAGGCUCGGGGCCGUGCACGGGCCAGCCAGAGUGUGUACUCAUUUGUGGCCACGGAGGGCAGCCGGGAGCUGCGGCGUGAAUUGACCAAUGAGAGGCUGGAGACCCUGAUGGAGCAGGCAGUGGCCACCGUGCAGAGGAUGGACCCUGCCGAGUACCAGGCCAAGAUCCGGGAUCUACAGCUUGCAGCCGUGGUCAAGCGUGCUGCCCGGGCCUCUCAGAAGGACAGACAGCGGCAACAGUUCCCUGCCGAGUGCGUGCAGCUCCUCUGCAUCAACUGCAUGGUGGCCGUGGGUCACGGCAGCGACCUGCGGAAGGUGGAAGGCACCCACCAUGUCAACGUGAACCCAACCUUCUCGAUCUAUUACACUGUGUCCCGGGAGCCCGUGGUAAUCGACAGAGUCUUCAAGGACUGGAAGCCAGGGGGCGCCAUUAGCUGCCGCAACUGUGGGGAGAGCUGGGGACUACAGAUGAUCUACAAGUCAGUGACACUGCCGGUGCUCAAGGUCCGCAGCCUGCUCCUGGAGACCCCGCAGAGGCGGAUCCAGGUCAAGAAGUGGUCGCGCGUGCCCUUCCCGGUGGACGACUUCGACUUCGUGCAGCACUGCGCCCAGAACCUGGCCGACCUCUCCCUGAACUGACAGCCGGUCGCUGCGGUGCCCGGUUCGGCCUGCAGGGGGCAGCAGAGUCCGCGGCCCGACCUGCUCCUUCUGGACCCGGGCUGACUCUGGGUCCUGCAUGGCAAGGCAGCUGGAGGGGCUGCAGCGCUGCCGCUGGCCGCUGGCUGCGCGCGUGCGCUCACUUAGGGACUGGACAGAGCCUGGGGGUGGGGGCAGGAGGAGCUACAGUACCAGCAGCAUCCCAACCCCCUCCCUGCCAAGGCCGCUUCUGGUUCUUACGGCGCCUCCAAAAUUAAAAAGAAGUGGGAAAUGGGGGUCGAA